GGGAACGACUGCUGGGACGGCUUCUCUCUGCAGGGCGGCGGCGCGGCUAGACGGUCCGCCGAGGACGCCAUAGAGGCGCCCUCGCCGCCGCCGCCCGGGGCGGUCGCGCCCCCGCCGCCCCCGCCGCCCGUGGGGGCGGCUCCGCCGCCGCCGCCGCGCCGCCGCCCCGCGAUCCCCAAGGGAUACGCCUGCCAGCCAGGGCGGAGGUACACGGGCCAGGCCUGGGGAGUCCUGCUCACAGGACCCAACCUGUGUCCUCCCUGGAAGACUGCGCGGCCGCGUGCGACGGUGUGGACGACUGCUCCAUCUUCGUUUACGACGUGGAUGUGGGCCAGUGCUUUCUGA